GCCUUCUUACUAGCUAAAUUUCCUCUCUCUUUACCUUUCAUCCUGCUUUCUCACUCUCUCACCUGCAGCUGGAGUUACUCCCUCUACCCUCCUCCCCUUUUCUCACUCUCACACGCUUUCUUACUAGCUAGAGUUUCUCUCUCUCUCUCUCUCUCUCUCUCUCUCUCUCUCUCUCUUUCUCUGCAUCUUCCGUACUAGACGAGCAACCUUUUUUUCUCAGCCGAACCUCUUUCUCUUGGGGAGUCGCUCUCGGACAUGUAGCCAUCUUAUUCUCUUAACCACCUGGAAUCUCUUAAUGGAAAUGGCUGUGGUCUCUUGAGAGUUCUUGAUUUCAUCAUCUUCUUCUUCUUCUUCUUCUUCUUCUUCUGGGGCUCCGUGAUGGGUGGAGUGACGUCCUCUGUGGCUGCGAAAUUUGCUUUCUUUCCGCCGAACCCUCCUUCAUAUAAGAUCGUUGAGGAUGAAAUUGGGGGUGGUUUGUCUAUGACCAACGUGCCACACAGAGAGAAUGUCGACGUUCUUAGAUUGAAGACCAGGAAGGGGAACGAGAUCAUCGCCAUGUACGUGCGAAACCCGAUGGCUAACCUCACCCUUCUUUAUUCUCACGGCAACGCCGCCGAUUUGGGGCAGAUGUAUGAGCUUUUCAUCGAAUUGAGUAUCCAUCUCAGAGUUAAUCUGAUGGGUUAUGACUAUUCUGGAUACGGCCAGUCCUCUGGAAAGCCAAGUGAAAACAACACCUAUGCAGACGUAGAAGCUGCUUAUAAGUGUCUUCUGGAGGAAUAUGGGACAAAGGAAGAAAACAUAGUUCUUUAUGGGCAGUCUGUUGGAAGUGGCCCAACACUAGAUCUCGCUACCCGCUUGUCUCACUUAAGGGGUAUUGUUUUGCAUAGUCCUAUACUUUCAGGUUUGAGAGUCAUGUAUCCCGUCAAGCGGACAUAUUGGUUUGAUAUUUAUAAGAACAUUGACAAGAUCCCCCUGGUAACAUGUCCUGUCCUGGUCAUUCAUGGAACAUCUGAUGAUGUAGUUGACUGGUCUCAUGGCAAACGACUCUGGGAACUCUGCAAAGAGAAAUAUGAACCAUUAUGGCUUGAAGGAGGAAGCCACUGCGAUCUUGAACUUUAUCCUCAAUACAUUAGGCACCUUAGGAAGUUUAUUUCGACAAUCGAGAAAUCCAAGCUGAAUAGUGGUCCACGGAGAAGCACGGAUCAGUUUGAGCCAUCACGGCAUAGCACUGACAGACGGAGUGUUGAUGGAUAUGAGGCACCAAGGAAAAGCACCGACUUAAGAGAGAAAACAAGAAGUGGCACAGACAAGCUUCCCAAACUAAGUAGUGAUCUAAAGACCAAAGUUGAGAAGUUUGAGAAAUUGAAGAACUCUUUUAGCCAAUUUGAGAAGUCACGUAGAAGUGUAGAUCAGCAUGACAGGUCGAGGAAAUGCAUGGAGCAGCUUGAGAGGGCCAGGAAAAGCGUUGAUCGCUUGGAUAGAAUACGAGCAGGCUAGGCGCUUGUGUAUUGAUAUAUAUGCUGAUGGUUGUAUGGGAAAAUGUAUCUAGGCAUUUAUUUAAGUCGUAGCUUGUUUGCAGCCUCAAAGAGAGGUGUAGUAGCACCUUGUCUAACCCAUAAGACUGUAACAUUAAUUAAAUUUGCUGAUGGAAGGAUCUAUUGUUGUAAUUUGCCUAUUGUCAUCUUUGUAUGUUUUAACUUGAUUGUGACAAA